GUCGACCCCACUACAAAUUUUAGUCGCACUCUAGACUUCGCAGAGGAUAGACGCGUACAAUUGACUAGAGUACUACGCCAUCGCAGUGGAUAUUUCGUCAUAACAACAUUGUGAUAGUGACAAAUUCAUUCAGGACGUGUAAAGUGGGUGCAUAACAUUUAUUAUAACAUUUCAACGCACUGUUAACUACGCCGAAGACGGUUUAGUGGUUUGCUGUUUUUGUGAAAUUAUGACAUUGUUCUCAAUAUUUGGAUAAUUCCCGAUAAGGAGUGCAAUAUUGCCGCAAAUAUUUUCAGCCACAGUGAAGAUCCGUGCGGACCGGGCGUCGUCCGCCGCAACAUGGUCGCCGAGUUCAUCCUGAGCCAGCAGCAGCUGCUGGGAGCGGGAGGCGCGGCGCUGGGCCCCUCGCCCAGCCCCGCGCGCGUGCCGCCCCCGCCGCGCAGCCGCCUCUCCGUCUCCCCGCACUUCCCCAUGGACGGCCCGCCCUCCGUCGGCAGCCCCGGCGACCCCAACGACUACGGCAACUCCUUCGACUUCAACAAAAGGAAGGAGUUCUUCGGGCAGCGCAAGCAGAGGGAGUUCAUCCCGGACAACAAGAAAGAUGACGGCUACUGGGACCGCAGGCGGCGGAACAACGAGGCCGCCAAGCGCUCGCGCGAAAAGCGCCGCUUCAACGACAUGGUGCUCGAGCAGCGCGUCGUCGAACUCUCCAAAGAGAACCACGUACUGAAAGCGCAACUCGACGCGAUCAAGGAGAAGUACGGCAUCUGCGGCGAAACCCUCAUCAGCAUCGACCAAGUGCUGGCGACUUUGCCUACUUGUGACCAGGUUCUCUGCGUCACGAAGAGGAGUAAGCUCUCCGGCAACGCUCUGUUCCCGCCAGCGCCGCCCCCGCCGCCCCCGCUACCCCCGGCAUCACCGCCGUCGCCGCCGCCUCAGCGUGCCCCCGAACCUUACCAAGAGAGGCUUCCGGCACCCGAAGCGUACUACCCCCACCCGGCACACUAUGAACCUCCCGGUUCAGUUCUCAAUCUCUCCCGAUCUCGCCGCGCCCCUUCGCCAUACGAGCUCUCCUCUCUCUCCGGAUCCGGAGAUGAAACAGCCGAGCAGUACGCUCCGGAAAACAAUUGUCUCCCACUCAAACUGCGCCACAAGUCACACCUCGGCGACAAGGACGUCGCGAGCGCCCUCCUCUCCCUGCAGCACAUCAAGCAGGAGCCCGGCCCCCGGUCCUCGCCGUCGUGGGACGGGGAAGGGUCGAGCGACGAGAGGGACUCGGGGAUCUCACUGGGCGCGGAGUACAGGCCGCCGCGGUCCGACGAGCGGAUGGCGGAGGAGGAGGACGCGCACCUGAAGGCGGAGCUGGCGCGGCUCGCCACCGAGGUGGCCACGCUCAAGAACAUGAUGCACCAGAACAAAGCGCGCGCGCUGGAGCACUGAGCCGCCGCGGCCGCGCCUGCGCCUGACCGCGCAGCCAGCGCCUCGUUCCGCGAUCGCGAGUCGAUCUAGUUCGUACAAACUGUCUCAACCUACCCCUCCUCCGUAGUCGAAGUUACCACGUAAAGAGAAUAUAUUUGUAUGAUAUUGUGCAGCUGUACGCGGCUAAGUCGCAACGCCUAAUGUAGUCCUUCCUAGUAGUCGUAUCGGUGUAUCGUAUGAUAUCGUAGGGUAGAGAGAGUCGUCCGGUCGACGCGCGCGUGGACCGCACAUGAGACUUAUUCGUUUUCGGUUUAGACUUUUCGAGCAGAGAAAACUUAUCUACUCAGUGAUAGAUUUUAAAAAAGAUGCAUUUUUAGUGGUGAGCUAUGUAUAAUGUAUAUGUAAUAUUAUAAGUAAGCGCAGUAGAUCUGUUUCAUCUCUUCGAAGACUCGGUAGUGAAAAUCGAUGGCUAAAGACUAUUUCUCUUGUAAGUUAGUAUUAAGUCGAUCUAAGUAAAAUUAAGUCCUACUUGGAUGUUUAUUUAUAAUGUUUAAUGUAUAGUCUUUCUCAUUCGGAAUGCCCGUUAAGUUCCAAACCAAAAACAUAUAUGAGAUCGAUCCUCUAGCUGUCAAGAAAUCGCAAAAUAAUCUUAAGAUUUUAAUAUUUCCACUUAAAAUUAAUAUUGUUCAGAGUAUUGAGUAAUCAGGAAAUAAGGAUACCAGUGCCUUCGACAAUACAUACCUACCUUGAAUAGCUACCUUUUAAAAGUAAUAUUUUUGUACAUUUGUUAGAAAAAGCAUGGCGAUUUCAAUUGUCUAUACCGUAAGUGGCCCCUACCACGAGUCCAGCUCUGCGAUAAAAUCGCGUCGAUUAUGGGUAUUAAAAUUGUUUUAAAAACUGAUUCGCAUGGCGUUUCACUCAUUUUUAUUUCGCCUCGCGUCUCGUCUUCGAGUUCAGACCCGUGGUCGGGGACUUGUAUCAAAUCCUAGAAGGCUUGAUGGAAAGUAUUCGAUGUAGCUAUACUCCUAUUGCCCAAAGGGCGUGUGAUAGGGACUGAAAGGAGUUUUAAGUAUUUAUUUAUUCGGACCGUGAAAGAGGAUUUUACAAUUUAUUAUCUUUGUAUAAGAAACACUAUACGAUAUAAAUAAAUUGUGUACAUUACAUUUAAA